AUGUCUGAGAACGUUCUUGUGAUUGGAUCUGGGGGUAGGGAACAUGCAAUAUGCUGGAAAUUAGCCGAAUCUCCUCUUGUAAAGAAGAUUUUCUGCGCACCCGGCAGUGUUGGGAUUAGCACGACAAAAGACAAUGUUGAGAGCGUCGAUUUGAACAUAAAAGACUAUCCUGCUUUGGCGUUUUGGUGCAAAGAGAACUCCAUCGACCUAGUCGUAGUCGGUCCAGAAGACCCCCUAGCCAAUGGGAUAGUAGAUGCGUUGGCUGCAAAAGGCAUCAAAUGCUUCGGUCCCACCAAAGCUGGUGCUGAAAUCGAAGCUAAUAAGGAUUGGUCCAAGACAUUUAUGAACAAAUAUCAGAUACCAACUGCCAGAUAUCAAUCAUUCACCGAUGCAAAUGCUGCAAAGGAGUUUAUUAACAACGCCCCAUUCCCAGCUCUCGUAGUGAAGGCAUCAGGCCUGGCAGCCGGCAAGGGCGUAGUGGUAGCGGCGAACAAAGAAGAAGCAUGUCUGGCAGUCGACGAAAUACUAACAGACGCUAAGUAUGGCAGCGCCGGUGAAGUGGUGCUAGUUGAGGAGUUACUCGAGGGAGAGGAGGUUUCGGUACUCGCCUUCACCGAUGGCGAGACGGUGUCCCUAAUGCCGCCAAGCCAAGACCACAAACGUAUAGGGGAUGGUGACACGGGUCCCAACACAGGCGGCAUGGGCGCGUACUGUCCCUGCCCUCUCAUCACGCCGGAGCAACUAGCUGACGUAAAAGACCAGGUUCUUCAACGUGCAGUAGAUGGAUUAAAGGCUGAAGGCAUUAAAUAUGUUGGUAUCCUGUACGCUGGCAUGAUGGUGACCAAGUCCGGUCCCAUGACACUGGAGUUCAACUGCCGCUUCGGAGAUCCUGAAACUCAAGUGUUGAUGAUGCUCUUGGAGACCGAUUUGUAUAAGAUUAUGAAGGCUUGUGUAAAAGGCAAUUUGAAAGAAGUCCAAGUGAAAUGGAAUACAAACAUGUCGGCGGUCGGUGUUGUCAUCGCGUCUAAGGGAUACCCCGAGACAUCUACUAAGGGCUGUGUUAUUAGUGGUAUAUCCCAACUCAGCAAGCAGCAGGUGAUGGUGUUCCACAGCGGCGUGUCGCGCGGCGCCAACGGCUCGCUGGUGACGGCGGGCGGGCGCGUGCUGCUGCUGGCGGCGCGGCGCGGCUCGCUGCGCGCCGCCGCCGCCGCCGCCACGCAGGCCGCCGCCGCCGUCGACUUCCCCGGCGCGCAGUACAGGAAGGAUAUUGCGAGACGGGCAUUCUCUAAAGUCAACGGACUGUCAUACCUCGAAAGUGGUGUAGAUAUUGACGCGGCUGCGAAUUUGAUCCGUCUGAUAGAACCUUUAGCUACUGCGACACACAGAAAGGGAGUUUUAGGUAGACUCGGUUGUUAUAGUGGGUUGUUCCAGUUAUCUAAGAUGGACGCAAGUUUGAAAGACCCAGUGCUCGUACAAGGAACUGAUGGUGUUGGGACCAAAGUUAAGAUAGCGGAAAUAAUGCAGAAAUACGAUACAAUAGGCCAGGAUCUGGUCGCCAUGUGCGUGAAUGAUAUCCUUUGCGCCGGCGCGGAGCCGUUCGCGUUCCUAGACUACAUCGCGUGCGGGCGCUUGCAGCUCACCGUGUCCGCGAGCAUCGUCAAGGGCAUCGCAGACGCGUGCAUACUGUCUGGGUGUGCCUUGUUAGGUGGUGAAACAGCAGAAAUGCCGUCAAUGUACGAAGUAGGGAAGUACGACCUCGCCGGCUUCGCAGUGGGCGUGGUCGAUAACCUCAAGCAGCUGCCGCGCUCUAAGGAGAUCCGCGAAGGUGAUGUAGUGCUGGCGCUCCCGUCUACUGGUGUGCACAGUAAUGGCUACAGUCUCGUGCAGAAGAUCAUGGCUGAGAGUGGUCAUAGUUUCCAUGAUAAAGCACCCUUCAGUGCAACUAACAGGAGCUUUGGACUAGAAUUCCUGGAACCAACUGGAUUAUACGUCAAAGAACUUCUACCGGCCAUCAAGAAGGGUUUGGUCAAAGGCCUCGCGCACAUCACGGGCGGCGGUCUGUUAGAAAAUAUUCCAAGAAUCUUACCGCCCGGUGUUAAAGUGAAAUUGGACGCUAAGCAGUUCCAAAUAAAGCCCAUUUUCGGAUGGUUGCAGGCUAAAGGUCACGUAUCAGACUUCGAAAUGCUGCGCACUUUUAACUGCGGCGUCGGCAUGGUGGCCAUCGUCGACCCCGUGUGUGCCAAAGAAUUCAUGGAAGCUGUUGGAGACACUGUCCAUGUUAUUGGAAAAGUUCAUGCUAUUGGGAAAGAGGGUGGUCAUCAAGUGGUGGUAAAUAACUUCAAAGAAGCAAUGGCGCCGCUAACAGCUCCAUACACCACUAACAAUAGGGACGUUCCUCAAAAGUCCCUCUCGUACAAAGACAGCGGCGUUGAUAUAGAAGCUGGCGACUCUUUGGUUUCUCUGAUUAAACCUUUAGCGAGGUCAACAUCUCGGUCAGGUGUUCUGGGUGGGCUCGGAGGGUUCGGCGGGUGCUUCCAAUUGAAAGCUGUUGAACAAGAGUAUAAGGACCCGGUGCUGGUGCUGGCGGCGGACGGCGUGGGCACGAAGCUGAAGGUGGCGCAGCGCAUGAACCGGCACGGCAGCGUGGGCGUGGACCUGGUGGCCAUGUGCGUCAACGACAUCCUCUGCAACGGCGCGGCGCCGCUCACCUUCCUCGACUACUUCGCGUGCGGCGCGCUCGACGUCAGCGUGGCCCGCAGCGUGGUGGCCGGCGUCGCCGACGGCUGCAAGCAGGCCUCUGCCGCGCUCAUCGGCGGCGAGACGGCGGAGAUGCCGGGCAUAUACGAGGCGGGCGCGUACGACAUCGCGGGCUUCGCGCUGGGCGUGGUGGAGCGCGAGCGCGUGCUGCCGCGCAUCAACGACAUCAACGUGGGUGAUAUUAUUAUUGGUUUGCCGUCAAGUGGUAUCCACAGCAAUGGCUUCAGCCUCGUACACAGCCUAAUGAAGAAGGCUGGUCUCACUUUAGAUGACAAAGCGCCUUUCAGUGAAGAUGGACUUACUUUAGGCGAGGAGCUGAUCAAGCCGACGCGCAUCUACGUGCGCGCGGUGCUGCCGGCGCUGGCGCGCGCCAAGGCGGUGGCGCACGUGACGGGCGGCGGCCUGCUGGAGAACGUGCCGCGCGUGCUGCCCGACGCCGUGCGCGCGCGCCUCAACGCGCACUGGUGGAACAUACAGCCCGUGUUCGCGUGGAUAGCGGACACGGGCGCGGUGCAGGACGACGAGAUGCUGCGCACCUUCAACUGCGGCAUCGGCAUGGUGCUCAUCGUCACGCCCGAGGACCAGGCGGAGGUGAUGAACAUACUCCGUCCGCACGGCGGGCUGGUGAUCGGCACGGUGCAGGCGCGGCCGCCGCGCGGCGCGCGCGUGCUCGUCGACAACUUCGCCUCCGCGCUCGACUUCACGCGCCGCAUGCCGCUGCUGCCCAAGAAGCGGGUGGCGGUGCUGGUGUCGGGCAACGGCAGCAACAUGGCGGCGCUGGCGGAGGCGGCGCGCGACCCCGCGCAGUGCCUGUGCGCCGACGUCGCGCUCGUGCUCUGCAACCGCGCCGGCGCCCACGCGCUGGAGCGCGCCCGCCUCGCCGACAUACCCGCCGUUGUGCUCAACCACAAAGACUACGAGACCAGGGAAGACUUCGACCGCGCCAUGACCGCUGUGCUGGAACAGCACAAGAUAGAUAUCGUGUGUCUUGCUGGAUUCAUGAGGAUUCUAUCUAAGGAGUUUGUACAAAAAUGGAAAGGUCGCCUGAUCAACAUCCACCCGUCGCUGCUGCCGCGCCACCCCGGCCUGCACGCGCAGCGCCAGUGCCUGCAGGCCGGCGACCGCGAGAGCGGCUGCACCGUGCACUUUGUCGACGAGGGCAUGGACACCGGCCCUAUCAUAAUCCAGGAGCGCGUGCCGGUGCUGGCGGCGGACACGGAGGCGGCGCUGACGGCGCGCAUCCACGAGGCGGAGCACCGCGCCUAUCCGCGCGCGCUGCGCCUGCUGGCCGCCGGCCGCGUGCGCCUCGCGCCCGCCGGCGUCGUCUGGCACUCC